AGGAUGUCGAGGUCCAUCAGGUGAUGUGCCGAUAGUGCCUAAGAUGCCUGAUAUACAUGACACAGUUACAUCCUUCUACUUCCAUAGCAACCUGACCAGCCUGCAGCACCAUGCGCACCUUCUGGUCCAACAAAGAGUCGAUCAGCGCAUGUUCGUUGUGCUUGGCCUUGGCACCAUCUGCAAGCAAGGCCACAAGUUCUCUAAGAGAGGCGACAGUGAUGAGGACAUCCUAGUGGCUACCAUGAACAAUGUCUCCUUCCUGCCCCCGACGUCGAAAUCACUACUAGAAGCACACUACUAUCACACCGGCCUCCAUGGCAUGAUGCAAAACCUUCCAAAGAUGCCACCAAAAUUAUACAAUUUCACUGAUGAAGCCUUAAUCCCAUUUGGACCAAAGGAGAUGCGACUAGAGCCGACCUACAAGGCGACGUUGGUCCGGCGGUUCCAACAUGGUGCCGUGGUGGAGAUAGUCUUCCAGAGCACUGCAAUGCUACAGGGUGACUCCAAUCCAAUGCACCUACACGGGCACGACAUGGUUGUGCUUGCGCAAGGGCUUGGCAGUUAUGAUCCGGUGAAGGAUGGGGCCAGGUACAACUACGUGAAUCCACCAGUGAAGAACACUGUGCUCGUUCCAAAUCUUGGGUGGAUUGCCAUACGAUUCGUUGCCAAUAAUCCAGGUGUAUGGUUCAUGCAUUGUCAUUACGAAUUUCAUUUGUCAAUGGGCAUGGCGGCUGUGUUCAUUGUAGAGGAUGGGCCAACAAUGGAUACAUCUCUGCCUCCGCCGCCCGUGAAUUUUCCUACUUGUGGCCAUGACAUUGAUCUCAUGCCAAAGGAUUUCUACCUCCGUACUAAGAAAAGUGAAACCUAGCUUAGAUCAUAAACGGAGUAUGUACAAAAACAUCAGACCACAUGUUUUCAAAUAGAUGAGUGUGAAUAAUGAACGUAUGGUAUGUGAUAAAAUAUGUAGCAUCUACGACUGAGAACCACUUAACCUUGUCGUCCUACAUGAUAGGCCAAGAUACACUGGUACCAAACUUCCAUAUGUGGCUCGAAAACAAUGAUUGCACGGAUGCACAAUAUCCAUG